AAGGUCCGAAUUUGAUCCAGAGACAUCCCAUUAUCGCUAAUGAGGCGACGGAGUGUCCUCAUCUUCUUAAGGGGAACCCUAAAAUAAUAAUAAUAAUAGUUACUAUUUAUUUGCUUAAUACAGUCAAAAUAAGUAAUUAGUUAGCCAGCGAACCACAAUGCAACACGAUUGCUGUCAACAUGCCCUCGAGCAAGGCACGGAAGCAAAGAGCGCCCUCACUUUGCUCAGCUUGCAUAUUUGCGUUAUGUAAGGCAUGUAAAAAGACAAAGACAAGCGCCAGCAUUUCGAGUACAUAACGCCAGACAGUGUAAAGCAACAACAACACCAUCAACAUUGGCUUAUUCCAGACACAGGAUCCACGAUCAAGAAAACAUGUAACAACGCAGCGGACUGAUGAAGAUGACGUUUUGGGCCCAAGCUGGAUUCUGAAAGCUCGAGCCAUCCAAACCCCAACCUGAUGCAAUGAAGUCCUCCACUAUUCCACCGUCUGAACCACCGCCAGUGGAGUCUGAGUUGAAAGUAAGACCAGUACCUCUUCCAAGGCUGAAAAAACCCAACAACAUCUAUGAAACUAGAUAUGAUGUGCCUGCUGCCAAGAAACAGCCGACUCCUCCACCCAGACCUCCGGCUCCAGACUUUUAUUACAACCAGAAAUCGGAGAUUACAGAUAAACCUCAUCACCCUAGAGCCACACACAGGCAAGCGUCCUUACCAGCCAUCGAUUCUGAAACUGACGGACCUGCAAAACAGCCUCACAUUUUUCGACCAAGACUGUCUCUCUCAGAAGGGGCUCCUUUGAGCACAAGGGCGUUACCGGCUAAACCACGCCCGCAGAUUUAUGGUCCGCUGCCGCGCCCAUCCAUAACGCCACCAGUGGAGCCGCUGUACAUGGAAAUAGAGGACGCUCAGUACCUGGCCAUUCUACCACCAGAAGAUGAUGUCACAGUGAGAAAGCCGGCACAGGAGACAUCACCAACUUCGAAAGGAGUGUACAACCAAAUAGACUCUUGUCAACAAUAUUAUGAAAUCAUUGAAGAGAAAGAGGAUGUCCAGGAAAUACAGGAAAUGUUGAAAUGGAUGAGACAAGAGUCAAAGGCUGCUCACAAGACCCCAUCAGUGUUUGGACUCGAUAUUAAGCAGGAAAUAAGGUCAUUCAAUCAGAGAGCCAUGAAUAUAAGAUCCAUCUCACAACUCCUGGACAAAGAUGAGAAGAAGGUGAAAAAUAUGGGCAUUGCCGGAGGCACCACGGGGGCAGUUGGUGGAGUAGCUGCAUUGGUGGGCAUCGCCUUAGCGCCCGUGACCAUGGGAGUCUCGCUGAUCGCAACGGCUGUCGGCGUCGGAAUGGUGGGGGCGGCCGGUGGCAUGGGCGUCCAUGCCGCUACACCCAACAAGGAGAUUAACGAUCAAGAAAAAAUUGAGAAGCUGGCCUGCGAUUAUGCGAUGAGCGUCGCCGAUAUCGAACGCUGCCUGGGUUUGAUCCUUUCUGAAGUGAACGAGCUGCAAAGGCACGACCUGGGGAGGUUGGAGCACGCCGGAGGAGUGCUGCCUGCCGCACUGACGCUGGCCCACAGGUCACAGGCGGUGAGGAAUAACAUCCACAACGGGAGACUUUCUUCUUACGCAAGUACAACGCCUUCUGAGAGGCUGCUGCAGGCCUUUGCUGCAGAAAUGGACCAGUAUUAUAAAGACAAGGGCGGACAUAAAAAGCUGAGGAAGUCCAACAAGAGCAGACUUUCUGGCAGAGUUCAACUGCUGGCUCGAAAUCUGCAGGAGGAGCUGGAUUAUCUCAAUGAUAUGUGGAAAUGCUUCAAUCAAUCAAUGAAUCAAAGUUGAUUUAUAUAGCCCUAAAUCACAAGUGUCUCAAAGGGCUGCACUCAGAUCCCACAUCAGGGCAAGAAAAACUCAACCCAGUGGGAUACAAUGAGAAACCUUGGAGGGGACCGCAGAUGUGGGGACACACCUUCUCAUUCAAUGUGUUUUCUUUAUUUUCAUGACUAUUUACAUUGUAGAUGUCACUGAAAGCAUCAAAACUAUGAAUGAACACAUGUGGAGUUAUGUACUUAACAAAAAAAGGGGAAAUAACUGAAAACAUGUUUUAUAUUCUAGUUUCUUCAAAAUAGCCACCGUUUGCUCUGAUUACCUUUUCGCACACUCUUGGCAUUCUCUCAAUGAGCUUCAAGAGGUAGUCACCUGAAAUGGUUUUCACUUCACAGGUGUCAUAGUUUUGAUGCCUUCAGUAACAAUCUGCAAUGUAAAUACUCACGAAAGUAAAGAAAACGCAUUGAAAUGAGAAGGUUUGUCCAAACUUUUGGCCUGUACUGUAUAUCUGUUUAAUUGUAUCCCAGCAACACAAGAAAUUAAAACAACGUUGAGAACUUGUUGAAUUUGGUCCUGACGUUGAGCAAAUCAAACAAAACGUUGAAACAACAUACUUUUUGACGGCGUUGAAUCAAUGUUGAUCCUCAGUGCUGAGCUCUGUAGAACUUGCACCUGGCUC